GAUAGAUGUAAGGUAAUAAGAACAAAAACGCAGCAUUGCUAUCAAUUUACUCUCAGGGAUAAAAAAUGAGAUUAAACUCAACUCCUUUAGUUAUUUCUAAUUAAUCAUCUAUAAAUAAUUUCAGUGCCUAGAGAGUGCAGACUGAAUAAAAUCGUAGAAUUAAAACAAUAAGAAGCCAAAGAUUUAAGUUAUAUUACAAGUCUGAGAGCAGAGAACCUAUUAAAUUUUCAAAUCACUCGAAAAUAUCGUCAUCUGAUUCAAGAAAAUAAUCAAAUUAUGAUUCUCAUGUUACAACAUCAACUUCGGAUAAUGAAGACAAAGCUUUAAUGAUUCAUAAAAUCAUAUUUUCUGUAAAGUCUCCACUCUAAAGUUUAAGGUUUUAAGGUUUUAGUCUUGACAAAAAGCCUUAUAACAUAGAUUUAAAUAGAAGGAAAACUCUCAGAAAUUCAUUAUUGACAAACUCAUACAAAAAAUAAAAUUUUCUUAUGACUGGAAAUGAAUGUGGAUGGUCCAGAAAAUCUUCUGAAAGUCUCGUCUUUUAAUGA